AUGAACCCCACCGUUGACGGAUCUGCAUCCGUGGCCGAGCCGCCCGCCCAGGAUCUGACUGGACUGAGGCUCAAGAUCGAUGCUGUGGACCAGAGCCUGGUCAACCUGCUCAACGAGCGGGCCAACAUCUCGAUCGGCAUCGGCAUGGCCAAACGAGCCGAGAUGAAACGCAAGGGUUUGUCCGAGGACGAGCAGAAGACCCACGUUCACAUCCCCGCCCGAGAAGUUGAGGUCUACCAAAAGAUCAAAUCGCUGAACCAUGGUCCUCUGUCUGACGAUGCCGUCCACGCCAUCUAUCGCGAGAUCAUGUCGGCAUCCAUCUCGCUGCAGAAGGAUGUGACCAUCGCUUUUCUUGGCCCUAAAGGCACCUUUACUCACCAAGUGGCCUAUGAGCGGUUCGGCGACUCGGUUGGAUACUCCGAGCAGACCACCAUUGCCGAUGUCUUUGCGGCUGUUGACUCCGGCGCCGCCACGUACGGGGUGGUGCCCUUUGAGAACUCGACCUUCGGGAGUGUGACCCAGACGCUGGACAGCUUUAUCAUCAACAAUGUCCAAGUGCGUGCCGAGGACUACCUAUCUAUUCAUCACUGUCUCCUCGGCAAUACGCCUCUGGAACAUGUCAAGCGCAUCUACAGCCAUCCCGAGGCUUUCGGCCAGUGUCAGCGGUGGCUCAAAGAAAAUGCCCCCCAUGCCGAGCGGAUCACUGUUGCGUCGACUGGUCUUGCUGCCGAGAUGGCUGCCAAAGAGAAGAACGCUGCGGCCAUCUGCAGCCGUGUCUGCUCCGAGCUUUAUGGCGUCGACAUUAUCGAGAAAAACAUCGAGGACCUGAAGAACAACACAACCCGCUUCUUCAUCAUCGGCGACAAAUCAGAGAGCCCAACCAAAGACGACCGUACCCUUAUGUACUUUACGGUCGACCACCGCCAGCCUGGCGCCCUCUGUGAUGCCCUGAACGUUAUCAAGAACAAAAACAUCAACCUGACCAAAAUCGACUCUCGCCCAUCUCGUCAGCGUCUGUGGCACUAUAUCUUCUUUAUUGAAAUGGAGGGCCAUGUGGAUAACACAAACGUCAGAGAAGCCGUGUCGGAGCUAAAGAACUUUUGCUUGGAUGUGAAGAUCCUUGGCUCAUAUCCUAACCAUCGUCGCGUCGAGACGCCGUAA